UUAGUGAUUUUUGUGACUGUCACUUUUUGUCAUUUUCAAAUUUCCCACCGUUCCGUCCCCCGUACAUCCUGACGCUCGCAGGGAAUGGAACCCAGAAGACAGAUGCCGGCAUCCGCCGGAUUACAUUGCCGGGGACACUGCAGGAGGGACAUCGCGGGAGCGCAGGACAAGGUAAGUGACCGAGGGAUCGCGGAGCAACGCUGCAUGGGUAAGCCCGAGUGUAGCUCGGGGUUACCGCUUUUGGUACUGAAAUGUUACCCCGAGCUACACUCGGGAAUACCGCUAGGGAGGUUAAUGAAUAUUUCGUUGUAUAAGCACUGUUUCUGAGAACUGCUGUACAUCUGUGUUGCAUGGAGUCACCCAACUUC